AACCACAUGCUGGUGCUAUACUUUUUCUUCUACUAAUCACUAUCGGAUGUUGUUUUUCUUAAUCAAAUUUAAAUUCUUUUAAAAUAAAUUUGUGUUGAAUGAAAUUUUGAAUUUUUAAAAAAAUUAUAAAUUUUUUUAUAUUGUCGGUGUAUCUUUAUUAGACCUUACAAAUUAUAAUUUUUUGAUAUUUUAGGAAAUAAUUUAAAAGAAAUCUCUGGUGGUAAUAAAAAGGAUAUAAAACUAGGUUAUGAUAAUGUCCAUAAAAAAAGAGUUGUAGAAAAAGAAGAAAAAAUGAAGAAAGUGAGGGUAAUGUAAUAUGGUGCGUUGAGCGAAUGAGCGUUUGUUAAACGACAGACAGUGACAGUAGUGCAGCAGCAGACACGUUAAAAUCCACAACCGUGUUCGUGUCCUUCAUCCCAAAUUUCUUGUUCUCUUCCUCCUUCUCCAUGUUUUUCUGUUGAUUUACUCUCAUGAUUACCGCUUGGAUCACUGAUCUAUUUGCUUGCAUGGGUGGUUGUUUUGGAUGCUGUGUGAAACCCACACCAAUUAUUGCUGUUGAUGAGCCUGCCAAAGGACUAAAAAUUCAGGGGCAGAGUAUGAGAAAACCAACCACUUCGGAUGGAUUUUGGAGUUCAAGUCCUUGUGAUUUGGAUAACAGCACCAUUCAAUCUCAACGAAGUAUAUCUUCUGUCAGUACAUUAAAUCAAAUUCUAUAUCAAAGCAAUGGAACUUCUACUGCAGGCACCGACCCUGAAUUUGUAAACCAAGGUCUUCUUCAUUGGAAUCAAAGCAGGCAUCAGUGGGUUGGACACAGCCUGUCUGAGAAGCAAAGCCAAGAAAAACAAGAAUCCCGACUAAAUCGGAACGCAACUUAUGAAAGUUUGCUUGGGACUAGACAACCUUUCCCGAAGUCCGUACCUCUAUCUGAAAUGGUUGAAUUCCUAGUGGAUGUUUGGGAGCGUGAAGGAAUGUAUGGUUGAGACUGAGAGGUUAUAAAAUGCUGAAGCUGUCUUUAAGUUAGUUUAUACUUCAUCUGCUGUACUUAACUCAUGAAAGGCUUUAAUUUAUAGUCUUGCUGAGAAGAUUAAAAGAUCAAAAGAUCAGACACAAGUUUGUUCUUGCAUUGUAAUUUCAAACGCCAAGGCAAUCCUUUUGUUUUUUUGCUCUCUUGUAAAUGACUAAACCCGUUUUCGAACUAAAACCAGCAUUGCUGAAUGCACAAGUUGUUACUGUUACCUGUAA